AUGUAUUUUCCCAAGGCCAGCAGUACCGGCUUUACAGAGCUAGUCCCUCUUAAAGAGCUCUUCGAAUCACAAGAUGCUCAGCGGCGUGAACGCUGGGACAGGGCAUGGUUCAUCAGUGACAGCGGUAGUGUGGUACACCCUCUGGUCUACAAGCACCCAACUACUGGUCACACGACUAUGGUCUUUCAUUGUGGCGGG